AUGUACAAAAAUUUCAUUGCAUUCAUGUUGUUCUGUAUAUUGCACAUUCUGUCAACCAAUGUAAACAAUUUUGGUACAUUCAAACUAAAUGUAACAAGCUUAGUAACUUGUAAGGGACCGAAACGCAAGGACUGUUGCGAAGUGACAACUUGGAUGCAAGACGGAGUUACCAUGUUUUAUGAUAUAACAGUAAAAGAAGAUAUAAUGCCCACUAAGGGCAAGAUUGUGGCCAUGGUGAACGGAAAACCUCUAAUAAGGCUUCAGAUGAAGAAACCUUGCGAUCAUCUAUUUCUAAAGCCCUUAUUCAUGUCAUUGCUUAAUGUCACAAAGGAUUGCGUUUUUGUAAAAGGACACUACAAAUUUAUUUUAGAUAUAGAAGACGUGGCACAGAAGUACUACGGUGGCAUGUUUUUAUAUGGAAACAUGACGUUCAAAUCGGUUUUCUACAGCGACCAUUGUAACUUAUCAUGCACAGUUGUGUCGGUCACAUUCACUCCGAGAAAUAGUACUUCGAAUAAAAAGAUUAAUUAA